UGUGGCAGCUCCACUAGUUCGCGCUAAGUUGGCUGCGGUUCGAUAGCCGAACCAGCUCUUUCUUUUUACUUCCUUUCGGUUCCGAACAAGCAGCAAAAUGUCGAAGAGAGGACGUGGUGGUACCGCGGGAGGCAAAUUCCGCAUCUCGCUGGGUUUGCCCGUAGGCGCUGUUAUGAAUUGCGCUGACAACACAGGUGCCAAGAACCUGUACGUUAUUGCUGUGCACGGCAUUCGCGGUCGCCUGAACCGUUUGCCUGCCGCUGGCGUCGGUGACAUGUUUGUUGCCACCGUCAAGAAGGGCAAGCCUGAGUUGAGAAAGAAGGUUAUGCCUGCCGUGGUCAUUCGGCAGCGUAAACCGUUCAGGAGGAGGGAUGGUGUUUUUAUAUACUUUGAGGACAAUGCGGGGGUCAUUGUAAACAAUAAAGGCGAAAUGAAAGGCUCGGCCAUAACCGGGCCAGUUGCCAAGGAAUGCGCUGAUCUGUGGCCCCGUAUCGCAUCGAAUGCAAGCUCUAUAGCAUAAGCAGUUUUGCCUGUCAAUGAAAAAUAUACCCAAUAUAUAACGGAACAACACCAGAUGUUAUUAAAUUAGAACUGACGUCUUCAA